AUGAAGAGAACGGAGCAGCGGCAGAACAAAGGAAACACCAUGUCACGAAGCGAAUCCACGGUCAGCCGCCGCACACCGCACACACCACUCGGUCUACCCGACAGUGUCAGCGUAGACUCCAACCCAAUGCUCACCAUAUACCGAUGCCGAGCACCCAUCGCGUCACUGGACUGUAUGGACGACUUUAGCACAAACUCUGCUCUGCACUUAUUUCAACCAGCCAGUUGGGAGAAUAUGGCAAAUCAGUCGUCAGUGUACAUGGGGAACCACGCAAGUAUGCCGUCAUCCGUGACUCCAGGACUUCGUUACAAAAACAUGGGCAAGUCAGGAUUGCGAGUGCCCAACAUCGGCCUCAGCCUGUGGAUCUCUCAUCUCAACGAAGAUGUCGCUGAAGACCUCGUCAUGACAGCUCUCGAGAGUGGAAUCAAUUUAAUUGAUUUAUCUAAAGCUCAUAACGCACAGGGUGAAGCAGAAUUGGGCAGAAUACUGAAGAAAAGAAACGUUAAUCGAUCCAGUAUUAUUAUUACAACCAAAAUCUAUUGGAGUACUAAGUGUGAAGAAAGAGGUCAAUCUCGAAAACAUAUAAUAGAAAGCGUGAAGGAGUCAUUGGGGAGGCUCCAGCUAGAGUACAUAGACUUAGUUCUUGUACAUAAAUUGGAUCCCGUAUGUCCGAUGGAAGAGUUGGUCCGAACAAUGGACUACCUCAUAAACCAAGGAUAUGCGAUGUAUUGGGGCACAGCGCGCUGGACUCCAACCGAGAUUAUGGAUGCGUUCUCUAAGUGUCGAUCUUUCAAUUGCUGUCCGCCGGUCGUCGAGCAGACAGAGUACCAUAUGUUCUGUCGUGAAAAGACCGAACUGUAUAUGCCAGAAGUGUAUCAUAAAAUUGGAGUGGGAACUAUGGUGUGGUCUGCACUAACUACUGAUAAGGGUCUGAACCAUGACGAGGUGGCAGGGUUAUUUGCCAAAUCUCGCUUCAACCGUAAAUACAGCACAUUCAGCUGGUGGGAGGAGGAACUCGUUGCUAACAAUGAACUCGAAAAAAAUGAAUCUACAGUAGCCGAAGAGUCACGAAGUUUCAAGGACAAACUGAAAGCUCUCUCCGACCUAGCCAAUGCCAUGAAUUGCUCGAUAAGGCAGUUGUCGGUGGCGUGGUGUCUUAAAAAUGAAAAUAUAAACUGCUUACUUCUAGGCGCUACAAGUGUCGAACAAUUCAAAGAAAAUAUACACGCACUGCAGAUCGUGCCUCAAUUGUCUCCGGCGGUGAUUUUGGACAUCGAAAAAAUUCUGGCAAACAAACCUCAGCGACCCCCGAUGAUCUCAACUCUGACGAUGCGAAACCAACAGAACGCCAGACCAGACGCUGUUGAUGGCACAGAGACGCCGAAAGAAGAUGACGUGGAAGCCAACGUUUCAACCCCCGAGAAGGAAGAAGUAGUCAGGGGUUGUGCGGACUCCCUGCUAAAAGACUCAAAACCAAAGUUCUUUUUGAACAAUGCUGGCGCAGUGAUACGGCGCGUUGAACAUGAUGGCGUGACGUCCGAUACAGUAGUAUCUGUAUCUUCUCUGAAGGGCAAACAACCAGCAUCAGGAGGCAGCAAGGGUAAGAAGUCUAAGUCGGAAUCCUCCCAGUCACGUUCUGGCUCGCUGCAGCGCUCCACGUCAGGGCAAUCGGCGAGCUCCCGAGACCGUAAAAUGUCUAGGUUCAAUCUGGGAUCACCUGCUGAUGUAUAA